AUGAUUUUGCUGCCCCUGAUACUAAUCACAGCAGUCGUGGCGUGUUCCUAUGCGAAACCGAUAUACCUGGAAGACAGAACCGAAGAUUUUGGUGACGCAACCGUGUUUUACGACAAGCAGAAACACUCGGUUCCCCUCAGCGGAGUUCUAUACGGCAAGAGGAACAGCAGAAGCUUGCAGAGUGACAGCGACCUAUUUAUGCAGUAUUCCAAGAUGCGUCCCGGCAUACGUGUGCCGUUCAGCGGCGGCGUUUACGGAUAG